AUGUCUGUCGGGACUUACAGCCUCCCCAAGCUGCCCUAUGCUUACAACGCAUUGGAGCCCAGCAUCUCGGCGCAAAUCAUGGAACUCCACCACAGCAAACACCACCAGACAUACGUGACGAACCUAAAUAACGCCCUCAAAACCUACGCAACGGCCACCGCGUCCAACGACAUUGCCGGCCAGAUCGCCCUCCAAAACGCGAUCAAGUUCAACGGUGGCGGACACAUCAACCACUCCUUGUUCUGGGAGAAUCUGACCCCGGCCAGCUCGGCCGAGGCUAACCCCCAGAGCGCAGCAACCCUGAUGGCUGCCAUCACCAAGACGUGGGGUAGCUUCGACGAGUUCAAGGCCGCCUUUACAAAGGCUCUUCUGGGCUUGCAGGGCAGUGGAUGGGGCUGGCUGGUCAAGGACGCCGGCAGCUUGCGGAUCGUGACCACCAAGGACCAGGACCCGGUUGUGGGCGGAGAGGUGCCCAUUUUGGGGGUCGACAUGUGGGAGCAUGCCUAUUACCUACAGUACUUGAAUGGCAAGGCGGCGUACGUUGAAAACAUCUGGAAGGUCAUCAACUGGAAGACGGCCGAGACUCGGUUCAACGGAGGACGCGAUGAUGUGUUCAAAGUCCUCAAGGCCGCCAUUUAG